AUGCAAUUGACCCUCGUUUUCUUCUUCCUUCUCACAUCCAUCCUCGCUACAACAGCCACGACAAACACUAAUCCGGAUGUCUACAUAUUUACAAGAGUAGUCUCGGAUAUCGCGUCUCACGCCACGGAAUACGUCAAUUUCUUUCAAACCAACGGCGGCAGCGUCGAGAUCCCCACUAAUUUCGUGGGCGCCUUGCCUCGAAUCUCGACAUUUACCGAUGAUUCAUACACCACGCUCGCUGAGAACUCAGUGUUGAUGGCGGAGAUUCACAGUUUGGUGACUCAGUUGCCUUGGUAUGACGAGCGCAUUGCUGAAGAUGGUGACCCUGUCGCUAGUUUGAAUGUUAGUUCUGCUGCUACUGGUACCGCUACUACUACUACUGCUGCUACUGCUACAACUUCAACUUCAACUUCUGCUGCUAAUGGUGGUGGCAAGGUGGCACCGGGAGUCAUGCUUGGUGGAUUUGCUGGGUUAGCUGGACUAGCUGGGUUAUGGCUGGCCUUGGCUUUAUAG